ACGGAGUGAAAGAACUGAGCCCUAUUGGUCACCCAAUACACACUAUCAUCAUGCACCACCGAGUUCUACAGCAACAUCAUAUGGGCAGAUGGGGAUACUCAGUACGAGACGCAUGUUUCUGAAAACCCCAAUUCUAUUCCUCCAUCUCCAUCAGAGUCAGUUGUUCGCAGGCUAUCUCAAUAUUCGCCUCCCCCUUCUCUCCCCCGUUCGGAUUCUCGGAGUUCAACAUCGUCAGCGCACGCGCCAAGUGUAUCCGUUCCACCGAUCGAUACUAUACCAGACAUCCCAGAUACCAACAGUAGAUCCACAUGUCAUGUCCCCGCGGCUGUCAAGAAGACAUCUAAAUUGUCUCAGCUCGCUGCUAAUGCUCGGGCCAGCAAUAUGUCUCUUGCGAAAACUGAGCGGUCAGGACCUUCAGGGAGUGCAAUAGAUGAGGGCUCUGUGAGGACUUGGCCUGCCCUCCGUCCAACUGCGACAUCUGUUCCCCCAUCUGUUCCCCCCUCACCUUCACCUCUCCCAGUGGCCCAUUUGUCUGCGAACGCAUCUGUCCACUCUUCAACGUCAUCGCUUAUCAGAAAGGCCAUCCAGACAGCGAUGGAGCUCGAAGCGUUAGAUCAAGUGCCACCGAAAGUCCCUCCAAAAGAUCCGCCCAGGGACCCUAUGCCAGCCCCAAUAGAGCCCGUUCCUGCUUCGAAAGGCCAUACCCCUGCACCUAGUCAACCACAGUCCAUUCAGCCUCAGACUCCUACCCCACCUAUGUCUCCACGCCGAGCGUUGUCUAUCAAUAGACCAGCUGCCCCAACGCCAUCCAAAAAUGCUGAGUUGCCAUCCCCAGACACCGUGCGGAAGCCUUCUAAACUUGCUUUAUUGGCGCAGUCCAAGGCGGCUCCUAAAGCAGUUGCUAAACCUGUUCCUACAAAGGGUCCGAGUCUUCUGGAUUCUGAUAUUGGACGUAAACCAAAACCUGGUCAACAAUUUACGAAGUACUUGGCCCCGGUGGCCAACGGUGACACAGUGACCACUGCCAUCACCUACUCUUAUGAAUCACUGCGUACGCUGACUGAUCCAAAGCGACCACCGGAAGAGGCUCCAUAUGUUGUUACGCUUGAGGAUGCAUUGGAAAAGAAACCCUCGAAGCUCGCAGCGAAGAUCAAGAAAAUGCAAGAAAAACAUCGGAGCAUCGUUUUGCCUGAGCAUGAAGAAGUCGAGUUGCCUUCUACUGCCCCGUUAUUCCUCCCUAGUUCGGCUCCUCGCGCGUUACCUUCCGCAUUUGCUACCAUCCUCGUCGAUGAUCUGACGUCUUCCAAGCACAAAGCGAAACAAAGAGACGGUCAUCAUAAAUCAACGACAAAACACAUGCGUCAUGGAUCAGCAGAACAGGACACACGCCAUAGUCGUGAAGAACCCGCACCACCGAUUGUGCCAGGCCUUACUUCUCCCGCCGCAUUCAAGUUUGACGAACCGAGUCCCGACGACGUUGUCAUGCGUGCACGGCAAGGUUCAUCGUUAGCCAACAAAGGCGCUUUACUUUCUGCCGCGCAACGGACAAAAGUGUCUUCUUCUACCAAGGCUUAAUUUAUACUUCUUAUCUUUUUUUUUCCUUUCUCUUCUCUUUGGUGUCUAUAUUCUUACUUGUGUGUAAUUUUAUAGCUGCAAAAGAACGCGAGAAACUUCACA